AUGAGGGACUAUGUGAAGUGUCGACGGCCUGGUCGUAUCAACAAUAAAGCUGCAAAUAUAACCACAGAACUUCAAAGCAUGAAAGAAAUGAACACAAUAGUAAUGGGCACAUCUGAACGCGGUCUACAACUCAUCAAUCCAAUGAAAAUAAUGCUGAAGAAGAUGCAAGUCUUAGAGAUUGAAGACGAGGCCAAACUGGAUAGAUAG